AUGUCGACUUUCGAUGGAAUAAUCAGAGAAAUCCCCGACAUUCGAGGCAACGUCUACUGCUCAGCCCCGACCAGGGAGCUGCUCCUGCGGCUCGAACGGUACCCCUGCCGUAUCAACUAUGCCAAUGGCAUCUUGGAAGCCAGGGUUCAGACCUACAAGCACCUCAAAACCCUCCUCAAGCCCAUCCCGCUCGAGACGCCCACCACCAUCGAGCUGGAGCCCGGCAGGAGGCUGCGCGUGACGCUGUUUGAUGCAAACCACUGCACCGGCGCCGUCAUGUUUCUCUUUGAGGGCGACGGAAAAGCUGUCGUUUACACUGGAGAUAUCAGGAGCGAGCCUUGGCACAUCAGUGCCAUUGCGCGAAGUCCGUGUUUGCUGGAGUAUUCUUGUGGGAUAAAGACUCUGGACAGGAUAUACCUGGACACGUCGUUCAUUGACGACACCCAUUUCCCGCCCAAGGCAGACGGUAUACGGGAGCUGCUGAGAAAAGUAGCCCAGUACCCAGACGACACGGUUUUUCACUUCCGAGCUUGGACAUUCGGAUAUGAAGCCGUGUGGAUUGCGCUUGCCAAGGCCUUGCGAUCUCAGAUCCACAUCGAUAGCUACAGGCUCGGCCUCUACCGAUCGUUAGCGCCCAAAGACAGAAACAUGGCGCAGUUCCAUAUGGGACCUGAGGUUCCGGCCUUGGUUGGCUUCAUGUGUGGCAACACCCCACACCCAGGUUGCCUCACCGACGACGAGACGGUGCGGCUUCACAGCUGCGAGAAAGGGAACCAGUGCACCACUACGCGCAACCCACAGGUUGUUCAUAUUGUGCCCAUUAUAACCCGGCUACCGGAUGGCAGCGAGGUGGCCGAAGCUGGCGUUGGCGGCGGCGGAGAUGAUCUAGAGCGUGAGGCGGAGCUUGAUCCUUCCUCCGUACAGGAUUUUCUGGACGCCCUAUCACAUUAUGCCGGCAUCUCGGAAGAGGCGAAGGCCAAGAUCGCGGAGCUUGUCGAGACAUCCAUCACCACCGGACGCAACGCCAGCCUAGACAUCGACAUCAGUUCUUUCGACGACAACAAUCAGACGGAUCUCGCCAGUGCUCUGGAAAGGAGUAUGAAGCCGUCGGGGCAGGGCGGCUAUGCGGUGCCGAAUGUCAGCGUCACCGUUGGCGGCGCCAGGUCGCUCCCCAAAACCAUCACCUUCCCCUAUUCUCGGCAUUCCUCAUAUUCGGAGCUCUGCCACCUGGUCGAGAAAUUCAAGCCAAGAGACGUCUGGCCAUGCACUGCCCAUCCUGCGGAGUGGAUCAAGCACGGCAUCAAUAUUAGGAGCCUCUUCGGUCACUGCUGCUCAGGAGAAGUCUUCGAAUACGAUAGCCAGCUGUCACAACUGGCUCCAAGACUGCAGGUCAAGCGGUCUGAAACCCAGGAGACUCGGGCGACCCGGAAGUCGGACGCAGAUGUGCUUGAGGACCUGUUGGAUGCACCUCUGACUGUGGCUUCGAGCACUGGGAUGCUGUUUGGUGAUGUUGGCGGCGUCAAGCGCACCUCCGAGGCCAUCACGACUCCGUCUACCAACACAGGCCACAAGCGUAAUUUCGCCAAAUAUGCCGAAAUCAUUUAUAGAACGGCCGAUCAGAUCGUGGGCGACGACGAGAAAGUCGGCCAAAACGACUCGCAAGACUCGACAGCAUCGGAUGCGGCGUUGCAGAUCCGUAGGGCGGCCUUUGAAGCCGCCGCCGGAAACAUGACAGUGGGCGAGCACAUGCCGAUAGGGUUACUCUCAGCGACCGACAAUCACGCUCGCCCAGACAUUGAGCUCGGAAUGGUUCGAAAGCCGGGGCGGCAGUUGCUAUUUGAGAAAUGA